GAUCUAGAAUACCGGAAAUCUUAGACUGAGCUCGCUACGGUCUUCGGGAGAUAGCAUUGAUGGUUUGACGAGAAUGCAUGGACUGGUGUCGUCUCGACGUUUCGGAAGAGCUCGGUCGCUACGUAGCGACCGAGCGGGACGGAUGCUCGGUCGCUACAUAGCGACCGAGCGGGAUGGACACUCGGUCGCUACGUAGCGACCGAGCUUGGCUCGGGCUCGGUCGCUACAUAGCGACCGAGCGACCGAGCUUUCGCUUGGACUUGGUUGCUACGUAGCGACCGGAUAGCGUGCAUGCGUGGUAGUUUCGCAAUGAUCGAGCUUGAGUUGUUUAUUUCGAGUCUUUCAAGGAUACUUCUUCGUAAAAACUUCAUAUUGGUUAUUUUUUACGAAAAUUAUAUUUUUCUUUUUACUAUCUUUUUCGGAAAUACGAUUUCCGAGGAUUUUCGGAUUUUAAUUCCGUCGUGACCGUUUUUGACCCCAACAUAAACUUACACACUAAAAAAGUUAAUAAAAAUAAAUAAAAUAACCAUUUAUUUUAUUAGUAUUUGUUAUAUUUUUAAUGUUUGUAAAGAGAAACAUCUAUAUUUGAUAAAAACUGUAACAAGAUAUUGUGUCACUACCACAUUUUUUUAUAAAUAAUAGAAUAUUAUUAUUUUUAAGCUAUUACAUAUUAUUAAGAUUAUUAUAAGAUGAUCGAUUUGUUAUAGAUAUUUACAUUUUGACAUAAUUUUUUGAUAUUUUAAUAAUUUUUAUAUCAUAACAAAGAUAAAAAUUUCAAUAAGUAUUUUAUUUUUGUGACUAGUAGUUUAAUAAGUAAAGCAUAAAUUUAAUCAAGUUUUUAAAUUAUUGAAUUGUAUUUAAAAAUUAAUUACGUUAAAUAAUUUAAUUGAGUUAUUAGCAUUCGAUCCGUCAGGUUGAAUAAGUAUCUUUUAUAAGUUAAAUAUUUUUAACUAAAACUAAUAAAACAAAAAAAAUAUUUCAAAAAUGAAAAUUAUUUAAUUAAACUGAUUUAAAUACGUUCAAAUUAGAAAUUAAAAUAAAUAAAAAUUACAAAUGAUUACUGUAUACUUUCUAAAAAUUUGUAAACUUAAAAAAAAAUUAAUGAACUUAAAACUCAAUGUAAUAAAUAUAAUAUAUAUAUAUAUAUAUAUUUAAAAAAAUAUAUUUUUAAGAGUUAUUAUUUCUGCGCAUAGUGUAGAAAACCGUCUAAUUGAUAUUAUUUUGUUAAUCAGAAAAGCUCUUGCCAACAAUUUCGUACUUCCGUGGUACAAAAAAAAAGAACAAAAAAUAUCUACGGAAUUAACAAUUUGAAACCCAAGAGAAAUCCAAAUUUUGUUACCAUUGAAAAUGUCCACGGAGCCAAAAAUGAUCAAGAAAUAUUUGUUUCAAAUAUCUACGUCGUUUUCUUGAUCCGGUUUGGUUACCAUUGAAAAUGUCUACGGAACCAAAUUUUGUUACCAUUGAAAAUGUUUACGGAACCAAAUUAUUGCCAGCAAUAUUUGUUUUUUCCUUUUCACCUCGCUUAUUAUAUCUAUUACGAUUUUGUUUGAAGCUUAAAAACAUCUUUUCUCAAGAACAAGUCAAGAACCAACAAAAGAAAUGGAUCCAAAGGAGCUUCCAUCCAUCUUAAGAGACGAUAAGAUAAGCGUAGAAACCAAUAAGUUGAUCUCUUCGCUUCUUUCACGCACUGAUUCUCAAGGGCAGAAGCUUUGUAAAUAUCAAGGAUGUUGGUACUAUUACAACACCCUCCAAGGCGUUCUCAAUUUCCAGAGUGGUUUUCAACCACAGGACACCGAUAUAAUCCUUGCUUCUUACCCAAAAUCAGGCACUACUUGGCUCAAGGCCCUCACUGUCGCCCUUCUGGAGAGAUCAAAGAAUCAUUCUUAUUCUUCAGACGAUGAACAUCCUCUACUCUAUGAUAAUCCUCAUGGCAUUGUACCAUGCUUGGAGAUGGAUGUUUAUCACGAAAGCUCAAGUCCUAACCUAGCCAAGUUCUCAGCACCUCGGAGAAAGUUCUCGACUCACAUGCCACUGCACGCGAUGGAGGAAACCCUCAAGCAUUCUCCAUGCAAGAUUGUGUACGUGUGUAGGAACGUAAAGGACACGUUGGUCUCGUGGUGGUUUUUCCUUUGCGCUGUUCUUAAAAUAGAACAAAGUAGAGGCAUUCUCGAGUCUCUGUUCGAAUCUUUCUGCAAUGGAACUAUAUAUUAUGGACCAUUUUGGGAGCAUCUCUUAAGCUACUGGAGAGCAAGCUUGGAAGAACCAAAACAUGUACUUUUCAUGAGGUAUGAGGAACUGAAAGCGGAGCCUCGCCAUCAGAUCAAGAGGCUAGCGGAAUUCUUCGGUUGUCCUUUUACUAAGCAAGAAGAAGAGAGUGGAGUUGUGGACAAGAUCUUGGACCUUUGCUCUCUGCGUAAUCUGAGCAGUUUGGAGGUUAACAAAACCGGAUCACGAAACGACGUGGAUCACAAGGAUUAUUUCCGAAAAGGGGAAGUCGGUGACUCAAAGAAUUAUCUUACGCCUGAAAUGGAGUACAAGAUUGACAUGAUCAUCCAAGAAAAAUUGCAGGGUUCUGGUUUGAAAUUCUAGAGUUGUAUGGUUGUUGUUUUCUUUGAUGCAUCAAAAAAUAAGAGUACCUCCUGUUUUUAUCUUUCUUAAUAAUUUGUUAACUUCAAUGUCAAUUCCUUUUUAAAACAAAUUACUAUUCAUCCAAUCAAAUUAGUCAAAACACAACUUUUGCUAUCAUAUCUCAAUCAUGAUUAUUGUUACUUUAGGUUUUAUGUCUUUUAAAAUUUUCGCUUGAGAUCUCAACAUGUUAGCCUAUCCUUCUGAUUUCUAAUAAUGAUCUAGCAAACAUAACUCAAAAUAAUGAAGUUACUAUGAAAGAUAUUGACUUACUUUUGAUGUGUACGUCCACUGUUGGAGAGGAAUUUAACAUUCCUUUACAAAAUCCAUCGAAUAAUAGGACUCCGCCCAUUACCACCAAAAGGCCUAGUCAAGAUCAGCUCGACAAAUGGAUUGACCGGCUCAAGGACUCAUUCGAUCGGCUUAGUCUUAUGGUCGAUCGAAUGACCAGGUUAAUGUCGGCUCAACGUUAGACUUGAAGGCCCAUCAAGCACGAGCUUAGGCCUGGGCCUCUAGGGCGAACGGGUCUUAGGGCAAACGAAUGAAAGCUAUAAAAAGACAAGAGAGGA